AUGUCUUCAGCCAUCACUACUUCCGUGCUCAUGCUGGAAUACACUGGAGCUGCAAAUCUCGUCGCCGAAGUCAUUGGCGCAAACCCAACAGCCACGACAUUCGUACUGGACUGCGGCAAGCCCAAGCAUAAAAAGACCUGGGAUGAGAAUGAAUGUUAUAUGACCAAGGACACCGUCAUCGUCGGCCCAUGGGCCGAUAAGACACCUGCGCCUGGAGCUGUCAUUACUGGUAUCUGGAGAGACGGCUACGUCAACGAAGAUGAAAAGGAAGGCUACUCGUACUUGAUACAAUGCCUAUUGUCUGUACUACGACCAAUCAUGCUUCGUUCACCUUCCGAGAUGGUCGGGGGGUCACAGCGACGUACACCAAACACGGAGUCGUAUCUUUUGUCUGCCAAGACUGCUGCUUCCACCGAAGCUACGGCCACAAGCUAUGUCUCUGGAACCGGAAAGGCUGAGGAAGCAACGACAUCGGCGGCCGAAACUACCAGCACGAAUGACGACGGUGUAAUUACUGUCACUGGGGAAGCUUCGUCAACAACGACUUCGAGCAAUAGUGCAGGCACCAAACGUGCUUUAAGCCUCUGGGCUGCAGUGGGAAUUGCGACAACGGUGGUCUUGGUACGAAUGAAUGCUGUGGUAGGAUAUUUCUUCAUGAUUGAUUCACGCGAGUGA